CAUGCUCUUGUAAUGAAAACAUUUGUCAUAUCCUACAUUCAUGUCAUUUCUGUAAUUUACUCUCCUCCUAGGCCCCAGGUGGUCAAAUCCUCUUGAAAUGGAAACAGUGGCGCAACACCAGGCGGAAGCCAAAUUUCGGAGAGAAUCAGAGAAUGAAACUCCGAAAAUUCGCGCAGAUCUCAACGAGCGAAGAGGAAGAGGAAGAGGAAGAGGAAAUGUCAAAUGAACGUGAAGAGGGUGAGAUAUUUCCCCCAGAAGAGGAUGAGGAUGAGGAGGCAUCGCAGGAGGAUCCCAAACCGGUUGGCAAACGAGUUAGGUUUUCAGGAGAAGGAAGCGAGAAGAAAAGUCACUACAAGGUUUUCGAGUUUUCCGGAAACCGUUACACUAUUGAAGAUCCUGUGCUUCUAGCUCCUGAAACUAAAGAGCAAAAGCCUGACAUCGUAAUUAUCAAGGACAUUACUCAGACCAUUGAUGGUGCGGUGAUGGUCACUGGACAACUGUUUUAUCACCCUGAAGAUGCUAAGAAAAAGGGUGGUGGAAACUGGCAGAUACGUGAUAACAGGGAGCUGUUCUACAGUACCCAUCAUGUUGAGGUUCCAGCAAAAUGUGUAAUGCACAAGUGUGUGGUGCAUUUUAUCCCCGCCAACAUGCCGCUUCCAGAUUGCAGAAAACAUCCUGGGUUUAUUGUUCGGCAAAUUUAUGAUGCUGCAGAGCAGAAGCUCUGGACGAUAACUGAGAAGGACCCUCACUAGCAUUUCUGUUCUUCCCAAUGUUCUAAUAAUAUUUUGGAUGCAGAGAGGUGAAAGAAAAAUAGAUUAGGAUGCGAGUAAUCAGAGGAAUCUAAAAGGCGUAUUGCUGCAAUAGGUGCUAAAAUACCCUAGGACAUCAAGUUAAAGAAAGAAUGAAAUGAUUGACAGCAGUGAACAUUAUUAAUAUGACAAAUCCAGAGUAAUGCAAGUAGCAUUCUUGUGUUUAAUACAGGGGGCUAGAAUCACAAGGGGUUACUCUAGUCAUCUGAUUGUAACGUAAUGAUUUUCAGUAGAGAAUGGGAAAUUUCAUGAAAUUCUAGGCCUCUGUUCCUUCUGCAUUA